GAUACAAUCGCUCUGAUGAAACAUUCAGCUGAUGAAGACAGUCAAGAAGAAGAUGAAGUUGACAUUUGUUUAUCGACACAGCAUGGUCCUUGACCUCCUGCUGUCAAGCAACAUACUGUCUGUUUUUCCACGUUUCAAAGAUAUCAAAGGCUUGAUCGAACAGGAUUUUGUACUGAUGUUUGGUGAGGAUGUAUCAGGCAGGUUGCUGGAGAGGUGGCCAACAACAUUCAAAAGAAAGAUUAUCCAACAAGGCAGAAAGCUUCCUUCUACCAGUGACCUGAAAGAACUCUUGCUGGCAGCUGACUCACCUGAGGAUGCCACUGAAGUUAGUGCUGACAUUGGCUGGGACAGUGGGACAGGUGGGACAAUAGCAAUUCUAUUGCUAUUACAUCUGAUUCCACCAUCUGGUCAGGGUCGGAAGAGACCAGGAAAGGUGUCAGCUUCUCAAGCAGAAAGGCAUCUUGUGGUCUUCAAGAAGACUGGAACAAAUAUCCAAGAGCACCUUGAUGCCAUCACUACCAGCACUCAACCCUACCUCCUGGCUGUUGGGGUGAAAAAGAAUGACAUCCACUGGUUCUUCAUUAUUCUUGACAAGAAUGCCAUGCCAUGCAAGUCUACCUCUUCACUUGGUUCUUUUGAUGAACUGUUUAAAGCACAUUUUGUGUUUGGCACAUCUUACAACACUAUGCUUCACAACAUGUACACGUUCAUCCAAACCACAGGUUUUAGAAAACAUUUAAAUACCAAACACCUUAACUAUUUUGACCAACAGGCUGACACUGAUGUUAAUCUACAGCCUGAUGUGGCAGUUAAAGAAGUUAGCACUACAGGGAGGUGA